AGUCCCUGAGUCCCGCAGGCCCCGCGUCCCCGCUGCACCCCCUGUCCACUCCGGUGGUCCCUGGUCUGGCAUGGCGCGCGCGGUGGGGCCCGAGCGGAGGCUGCUGGCCGUCUACACCGGCGGCACCAUUGGCAUGCGGAGUGAGCUCGGAGUGCUCGUGCCCGGGACAGGCCUGGCUGCCAUCCUGAGGACACUGCCCAUGUUUCAUGACGAGGAGCACGCCCGAACCCGCGGCCUCUCUGAGGACACCCUGGUGCUGCCCCCCGCCAGCCACAACCAGAGGAUCCUCUACACUGUGCUGGAGUGCCAGCCCCUCUUCGACUCCAGUGACAUGACCAUCGCUGAGUGGGUUCGCGUUGCCCAGACCAUCGAGAGGCACUACGAGCAGUACCACGGCUUUGUGGUCAUCCACGGCACUGACACCAUGGCCUUUGCUGCCUCGAUGCUGUCCUUCAUGCUGGGGAACCUGCAGAAGACCGUCAUCCUCACUGGGGCCCAGGUGCCCAUCCAUGCCCUGUGGAGCGAUGGCCGUGAGAACCUGCUGGGGGCAUUGCUCAUGGCCGGCCAGUAUGUGAUCCCAGAGGUCUGCCUCUUCUUCCAGAAUCAGCUGUUUCGGGGCAACCGGACGACCAAGGUGGACGCUCGGAGGUUCGCGGCCUUCUGCUCCCCGAACCUGCCGCCUCUGGCCACAGUGGGUGCUGACAUCACAAUCAACAGGGAGCUGGUGCGGAAGGUUGACGGGAAGGCUGGGCUGGUGGUGCACAGCAGCAUGGAGCAGGACGUGGGCCUGCUGCGCCUCUACCCUGGGAUCCCUGCUGCCCUGGUUCGGGCCUUCUUGCAGCCUCCCCUCAAGGGCAUGGUCAUGGAGACCUUCGGUUCGGGGAACGGACCCACCAAGCCCGACCUGCUGCAGGAGCUGCGGGUGGCAACCGAGCGCGGCCUGGUCAUCGUCAACUGUACCCACUGCCUCCAGGGGGCUGUGACCACAGCCUAUGCAGCUGGCAUGGCCAUGGCGGGAGCCGGCGUCAUCUCAGGCUUCGACAUGACAUCGGAGGCUGCCCUGGCCAAGCUAUCGUAUGUGCUGGGCCAGCCAGGGCUGAGCCUGGAUGACAGGAAGGAGCUGCUGACCAAGGACCUUCGGGGGGAGAUGACACCGCCCUCGGUGGAAGAGUGCCGGCCCUCACUGCAGGGCGACACGCCGGGCCGUGGGGUCUCCUGGCUUCUCAGUCUGAGCGGCAGCCAGGAGGCAGAUGCCCUGCGGAAUGCCCUGAUGCCCAGCCUGGCCUGUGCUGCCGCCCACGCCGGUGACCUGGAGGCGCUGCAGGCGCUUGUGGAGCUGGGCAGUGAGCUGGGCCUGGUGGACUUUAACGGCCAAACCCCACUGCACGCGGCCGCCCGGGGAGGCCACGCGGAGGCAGUCACCAUGCUGCUGCAGAGAGGUGUGGACGUGAACACCCGGGACACGGACGGCUUCAGCCCGCUGCUGCUGGCCGUGCGGGGCAGGCAUCCGGGUGUCAUUGGGUUGCUGCGGGAAGCCGGGGCCUCCCUGUCCACCCAGGAGCUGGAGGAAGCAGGGACGGAGCUGUGCAGGCUGGCAUACAGGGCCGACCUCGAAGGCCUGCAGGUGUGGUGGCAGGCAGGGGCUGACCUGGGGCAGCCGGGCUAUGACGGGCACAGUGCCCUGCACGUCGCAGAGGCAGCCGGGAACCUGGCAGUGGUGGCCUUUCUGCAGAGCCUGGAGGGUGCGGUUGGUGCCCAGGCCCCAUGCCCAGAAGUGCUGCCUGGUGUCUAACCUGAAGCCAUCCUGCUGCAGUAUAAGCCAUUCCUUCCUCCCGUGACCUGCUGGAGGGGUCUCAGGCAUGACCCCACCCCUGGGGCUGCCUCCCAGCCUGCUCUCAUGCAAAGCCUGAAGGCCUUUGUUGGGCAGAAUGGCAAUAAAGUCUGGCAUCUCCUCACCAGGUCUGUACAGCCUGGCUUUGAGAGAGUCUGUCUGGGUCCGGGACUGUGGAUGUGUGUGGGGAGUCAGGCCCAGGCUCUGGGGGGUCUCUGGCGGGGGCACUUGGCCCAUCCUUCCAGAGGCAGCUGUGAGUGUGAGCUGGGCGGGGCGGGGUGCACGGAGGUGACUCGGCCAAGCGGUCCUUUCCCAGCUGCCCCUCCCCCUUCCUGCCACCCUGCCUUUGCCCAGGCUGGUCCCUCCUCCAGACACCCUCUGCCCAUCUCCUCACCUCCUGCGCCUUCAUUCUGGAGCUUGAAGUCCCCUCCUCCAGGCAGCCCUCCAACCCCUGGACGAGCAUGCUGCUCCUGCUUAACUCUUUAGUCCUCACAGUCCCGUCCCAGUUGCUGUCUGGUUUUCCGUCACCCCAGCAUCGCUGCACCCGGCCCCCCUCUCAGGCCAGGGCCACACCAGGGCUCCAUGGGGCUGCGGAAGCCUGUGAAUGUCUAGGGGGCUUCACACUCUGGUGGUGAGCCCCUCGGGACCAUUCCAGCCCCUGCUCUGCCUGAAGCUCCUGAUGCAGCCUCCACCGUGAGCCAGGCCACCCUGCAAGGGAAGGGGUGACCUGGGCUUGCCUGGUUGCACAGCCUGGGCGGGUGGGCGGGUGGGGCGGGCCCUGCUGCUGCCCGGUGGGGGUGGUGCUCCAAGGCCGGGGGCAGCCUCGUGCCUUCUUUCAGCUGGGGCUGAAAUUGGGGGUGUGGACCCCUGGCCCCACCAUUGUGCAUGCACUGACCUGGGAUGGCCAGGGACUCCCUGCUGCUGCCCCCGGCCCCUGACCCCUUCUUGCUGGGUGUGAGGAGCGUGGGGGCUGCCUCCCUCCAAGCCUCUCUACCUGCCCAAGUGACGGUUCCUGUCUGUCCCUCUGUUUGGCUGGCCCCUGGACCGGAGGCCCAGGAGGGCAAAAGCGUGACCCCAGAGCUGGCCCUUGGCACCUGGGCAUACCCCGGGGUUAAGCCUGGUUCCCAAGCCUGGCUGGUACUGCCGCCAGCAUCCUUGCUGUCCUCACCCCGACACAGGUGUGCCUGGGCCUUGCACAAGGUGACACCAUGUGAGCAUGGCAGGGCCGGGGAAGCCUUUGCUUCUCACCCUGAUGAGGCCCAUGAGGGGCUGCAGGUGGAGGGAGGGUGGCACCGGGCCCCAGAGCCAGGAGCCCCUGCUGUCCCCGAUGGCCGGGACCCUCGGAGGGCCUUGGGGGAGGCUGUGGGGCAUCUGGACAAAUGCCUGGUGCAGGUGAGAAGGGGUGGGACUACCUCCGGCAUCCCUGAGCUGAGCCCACCUGGUCUCCCCGGUUGUUCCUGCACACGGCAGUGCCCCCCUGCUUCCCUCCGCUCCCGAGGGGCUGGGCAGCGCCUGUUGCUCACGCCACCCCGCUCAGUGCUGCUCCAGGCCCUCAGAGCCCCAGGCUGUGAAAGCUGCAGGUGGUUCACGUUAGCCCACAUGGCAGCACCCUCCCAGAGCAGAUGCCAACCUGCCGGUGUAGACACACCCACUGACGCCUGCGGUGAGUGUCCUGUAGUGUAGAAACGCCCACUCAUCCUGCUUGUCCCGCAGAGAGCAUUUGUCAAGCUGGCCUUUCUCCAACUGGGUCACUGAUGGAGCUCGGCAGAGAAGGCUUGGGGGCCACAGGGGCUGGUCAGAGGGGGGAGCUCCUCACAAGGUCGGGCAGCCAGACCCCCAUUGUCAGGCCCCUCCAAGCCCUCGUGGGGUGUUGGGCCCUACCACAGGGAGCCCCGGGACUGGGCCAGUGUCUCAGGAGGCUGUGAAGAGUCAUAGGCUUGAGUCUGGGAGCUUCCUCGGGGGCCGUUUUGUGCCCCUUGGGGAGAGGCCAGAGGGGCCCUGGGUAAGGGGACUCCUCUAGAAUCACCCAGAAGUGGCAGGAGGGGCAGGGCCACUGCUCGGGGCUCCCUGGGCUCUGCGCCGGGCAGUGACCUGGCCUCAAGCCCUCUGGCUCUCUGGUGUGCAGUGGGAACAGCUGGGACAGACAGGCUUGGAGCGUUCGUGUCCUGCACCGUGUUGGUGUGUUUCGUCCCCACUGUGACUGUAGGAGGGCACCGGGUCCCCGUCUAUCCCACUUCAUGGCUGAGGAAACUAAGGCACAGAGUGGCCCCGUCCUGCGCCCAGGGCUCUGUGUUGGCACAGGGCAGAGCUGGGCUGUGAAUCAGGGCCGCCUUGUCUCUCGCUGUGGCGUGAGGCCAUGGGAGACGCAGGAAUGAGGCACAGCCGGGUGCCCAGUGUGCGUGGGACCCGCCUCCCCACAGUGGGAUGGCGUCACUCACACCUGGUAAUUUCACGCUGGGGGAGGCCUUGGUUCCUGUAGCCCAUCUCGAAUCACCUGGAUCCUAGGGCUAUCUCUGGGAAACAUCUCUCCAUCACGACUACUGUCUUUUUUUACCAGCAUUUUCUAUCCUAAAAUCAGACUCCUCAGUUGAGGGCCCUCCAGGACCGCCCUUCCCCAGCUGGAGGUAACCAGACUUCUCGUGUAUGCUAGGAAGUUCCUUUUCUGGUCACACCUCAAUAUUUCUUGCUGCUGGUGGGAACUGCAGGUGCUUGUACUUGUCACCUCCUCCCUGUCCUCUCUCAUCAGUCCCCUUGGAUGCUGGACACAGGAGCCACCUGGGUGAGGAGAGCCCAUUCAAGUGGCUGUGUGUCGGGAAGAGUCUGCCCAGGACUGGGCUAGACCAGGGCUUAGAAUUAAGGAGAGGUGGCCAGGCUUGGUGGCUCACACCUGCAAUCCCAGCAGUUUGGGAGGCCGAGGCGGGUGGAUAGCUUGAGCCUAGGAGUUUGAGAACAGCCAACAUGGCGAAACCCUGUCUCUUAAAAAAUAAAUAAAAACAUUAGCCAGG